ACCUCUGAAUUUCCACUGCCUUCGACGACGGCGACGGCCAGCAUAACUAUGGCUUCAUCCCUUCUGCGACGGCAGCUCUCGCUGUCGAACUCAAUAGGCCGCAAAUCUGCAUUACGCCAUCUUUCUACGAGUCCUGCUUUAUCUCAGCAGCAGAGUGCAGCUCAAAGUGGUGCUGUCACAACUGGCGCAAAAAAUGUAUUCGAAAGACACACCGUCGAGGAUUUGCACGGCAUGAGUGCGGCAGAUGUUCUGGCUGAGACGGGGACGAGGGCUGAUGCAAAGAUGAGACACUUCACGGUCAAUUUUGGUCCUCAACAUCCCGCCGCUCACGGUGUCCUCCGAAUGAUCCUCGAACUGAACGGAGAGGAGAUUUUACGUGCAGACCCGCACAUCGGUCUUCUUCACCGUGGUACCGAAAAAUUGAUCGAGUACAAAACCUACACGCAAGCCCUACCAUACUUCGAUCGACUGGAUUAUGUUUCAAUGAUGACAAAUGAGCUCUGCUUCACGCUUGCAGUUGAGAAAUUGCUUAAUAUCGAGGCUCCUGAACGCGCCAAAUGGAUCCGAACUUUGUUCGGUGAAAUCACCCGUGUCCUCAGUCACUUGAUGGCGGUCCUUUCGCACGCUAUGGAUGUCGGAGCAUUGACGCCUUUCCUCUGGGGAUUCGAGGAGCGUGAAAAAUUAAUGGAAUUCUACGAGCGCGUGUCUGGCGCACGGCUGCACUCUGCUUAUGUUCGCCCAGGUGGUGUUGCUUUUGAUCUUCCUCACGGCUUACUCGAGGAUAUUUUCAAAUGGGCUACUCAAUUCAGCUCGCGUGUUGACGAAAUCGAAGAAGUUGUGACAGGUAACAGAAUCUGGAAACAACGGACGGUUGGUAUUGGCAAAGUUACUGCAAAACAGGCAUUAGAUUACAGUUUCACCGGUGUCAUGCUACGGGGGAGUGGAAUUCCGUGGGAUCUAAGAAAAACGCAGCCAUAUGAUAAGUACGAUGAGGUGGAAUUUGAUGUACCUGUUGGGAAGAAUGGUGACUGCUACGAUCGCUACUUGUGUCGAGUCCAGGAAUUCCGAGAGAGCCUACGGAUUAUUCAUCAAUGCCUGAACAAGAUGCCACUUGGAGCAGUGAAGAUCGACGAUAACAAAAUCGUACCUCCACCACGUGCAUCCAUGAAGGAAAGCAUGGAGUCGCUUAUCCAUCACUUCAAACUCUUCAGCGAGGGCUAUUCAGUGCCACCUGGAGAGACCUACAGUGCUAUCGAGGCUCCUAAGGGAGAGAUGGCUGUUUACCUUGUCUCGGAUGGCACCAACCGCCCUUAUAGAUGUAGUAUCCGAGCGCCUGGCUUUGCUCACCUUGCUGGUGCUGACUUUAUGAUGAGACGUCACAUGCUCGCCGACGCUGUCGCUGUCAUCGGUACUAUGGAUCUUGUGUUUGGCGAAGUAGAUCGGUAGAUAGAAAUAAAUAUAUAUUUCCGCACGACUGUAAUACAGUAUCGGUUCCA